GAUAAUAAUACAACUUCCACUUUUCCCUCGCUAGUGAUGACUUGUAAACAGCAGAUCGGUAAACACGAAAGAGAAUUCUAAACUUAUCUAAUGUAGCAUUUGAUUAUAAACUUUUUAAAAAUUAUGGAGUCACCUGAUUCAAUAUUAUACCAAAAAAAUGAAGAAACUACCUUGGAAGGAGAGAUUGGAGGUACUCCUACUAGUAGCGAUGGAGCUGAAUAUCAUACUUUAGAUGAGCCUGUCAAAGAUACUAUAGCCCGUGACUUAAAAGCAGUUGGCACUAAAUUUUACCAUGUCCUAUACCCCAAAGAAAAGAAAACCUUAUUGAAAGAUUGGGACUUAUGGGGACCAUUGAUUUUAUGUAUGCUGCUUGCUUCUCUCUUGUCAACAGAAAAUGCAGAUGAUAUGGAUGAUAAUGGACUGCAAUUUGCGCAGAUCUUUUUCAUAGUUUGGUUUGGGGCGAUUGUUGUUACUGUAAAUUCAAAGCUUUUGGGUGGGAACAUAUCUUUUUUUCAGAGUGUUUGUGUUUUGGGGUAUUGUUUACUUGCACCAUCUAUAGCUUUGAUCAUGUGUAAAAUUAUGGGGUUGAUUUUUAAUUAUUCACUGUUUUUGUUUAUAUCUAAAUUACUUUUGGUUACUUGUGGCUUUUCUUGGGCUAUUGUAGGGGUCACUGUCUUCUUAGGAGAUACACAACUGCCUAAAAGAAAAGCUCUUGCUGUUUAUCCAAUAUUUUUGUUUUAUUUUGUAGUAAGUUGGAUGAUUUUGGCCAGCUCGUAAGCUGAUAUUUAUACUUUUAUUUAUAUUUUGAACAAAAACUUAAGAAGUAUAUAUGUUUAACAAAUAACCACCAGUUUUGUAUAUUUAUACCUCUAAAUUCCUUCACUUAUGUAACAGUAAUACCUUAUGUAAUAUUCAUAAGAAUUUUAUUAAUAAGUUUUUGAUGUGUUCUAGUAUUUAUAAGGGGGACUUUAAUAUUGGUGUAUUUAAAGGAUGUGAUCUGGCAGUAUUUUCAAAUGUUAGACUUCUAUUUUGGAACGCAAACUCUUAAUAAUCUUAGUAAAUUUUUCUUUUUACAAUAAAAACUGUGUAAGUUGACUGCUUUUAAGACAACGAUUUGAUGCUUUAUUAAGACAAGUAAACUUAUAGUAAAGGAAUUUCAUUGUAUUUACCUGUUUAGAACUUGAAUAUUUAGUUCAACUUAAUAGGUAAUCAAAAUGCAGAAGGGGUCAACUUGAAAGGUUUCAUUAUGCAAAAAUAAUGUAUGAGCAUCAAUUUUUUCUUUCUUUGCAGAUUAAGAAAAUAUUUUUGUUUAUAAAAUUAUUAAUCUUAUAACUCUUUUUAUUUUUAUCAAUGUAAAACAUCCUUAGCUUAGAUAUUGUUUGCAUAAUUGUGUCCCUUAGUUCAUCGCUUAUAAUGCUAAAUAAAUGAGAACAUUUACAUUAUUAUAUUUGUUCCACUUUAAAUGCAGUUAAAACAGAUAAAAGAUUAUUCUUAUAGUGUGUAAGCAUACAUCAUGCUUUAUCUAAGUACUUAUAUUGUAAGUUGUAAGGCAAAAUUGAAAUUCUAAAAUAUAUAUAUAAUUGGGUUUUCUUAUAGUUAAAGCAUUUCACAGAUAAACAUUGUAAUGAUUAUGAUAAUUAUUAAUUUAACUUAGUUUUGACUAAAAAUCGUUGGAAUCCUUUAUUUAAAUUUUUUAUUUGUUUCAAUGUAUGUCAGUUAUUAAUUGCUAAAAAUAAAACACAUGCAUCGAAUAUUGGAUUGCACUAUUCAUUAUGUGAUACUAGUCAUUAGUCUCUUUACUUGAAGUGUAUUUUUUUCUUCUGUAUUCACUAAUAAAAACUUAUAUUGUU